AUGACAACCUCUCUCCCCCAAUCGCCAGUGGACGACAAGCAGCCCUUCAGCUUCAACCUCCAGCACAGCCACAAGGACCUAGUCCAGGCCAUCGCCUUCAACACCUACGGCGACCGUUGCGCAACCGGCUCCGUCGACGGCAAAAUCCGCGUCUUCAACCGCCACAAAGACGGCACCUGGCGCCUCUGCGAUACAUGGACCGCCCACGGCGGCGAAGUCCUCGAGCUCCAAUGGCUCCCUGCGACCGUAUACCCCAACCUCAUUGCAUCGCUCGGCAUGGAGGGCUGGUUCCGCCUCUGGGCCGAGGACCCUUCAGCAGCUCCGGGCCGGCGUUUCUGCGCUGGCCGCUCGAUUAACGGCCGUCCAGCAUUCGACACGCGCUCGUCCCGCGCGCCGUACCGCUCCUUUUCGAUGAAGCACAACGAGGAGACUAAGCACACAUACCUGGCCCUUCUGGCGACCGAUGGCCGCUUAACUGUCUAUGAGAACGAGCAGCCUGAGAGUAUGACGGAGUUUACAUCAAUUGAUGAAUUUUCGAUAUGUCCUAAGCCUGCGCGCGGCGAAGAAGUCGCUUUUAAAGUGCGCUUUGAUCCGAAUCCAGAGCCGUGCUAUACGGCGCUAAGGGCUGGUGUGCCGACAGAUGCUCUGGGAUUAGUGGUCGCAGGAAUGGACUCUGUGAGAGUGUACAGGUCGCGCGAGAUUGUGGUUGCUUCGUAUGGUGUAGACCAGGGCUCCAAGGAGUUCUAUCUGGCUGCCGAGGUCCCUGGGCAUAGGGGCCUUGUGCGGGAUGUAGCAUGGGCUCCGGGGAAUGUGCGUGGCUACGAUGUGAUUGCGACGGCGUGCCAGGAUGGCUAUGCGCGCGUGUUUCAGCUCGAUGCGCCGUUCUCGCAAGAUGAUGGUAAAUCAUGGGCCGCUGCGGACGUGUUGACGCGCGAGAAGCACGUGUCGGUAAGAGAAGAUGGGACGCCUACGACUAUUGAUGAGGAAAAGACGGACUCGGAGAAGCUGCAUUCUAGCUCGCAUACGUCGUCGCUUAGCGCUAGUCUGGCAAAGUCGGCCGCAGCCAGUGCCGCAGGAUCCUCGUCAGGUAUUACGAGCGGCGCUGGGUCGACAACGGGCACGAUUAUCCCCGGCGAGAGGCAGUGGACAGGACUGCCUGGACAGAUCCGACACACGGUCAAGGAGAUUUCGAGGCUGGAUAACCACCGCACACCGGUGUGGCGGGUGGGUUUUGAUGAUGAUGGCAUGGUGCUAGGCAGUACGGGCGAUGAUGGGCGCUUGCUGUGUUAUAGACAGCGGCCUGAUGGCGGGUGGGCAAAGAGCUCUGAAAUGACUAUGAUGAAGACGAGGAUGGCGGCGCCGUAGUGGGGUUGGCUUUUACUGAUUGAUUGAUACCAGAUGAUUUUCAUACGGCGUUAUAGUGUACUUUUAUAUAGGUGUCAUGGUUUUACUGAGAAAUAUUAUCCCUUUUCUAUAAUUCAUCAUGGAAUAUAAGUUUUAUGGUAGUGUUUUGCGAUAUGUAGAAUACGGUUAAGAUGGAAGAAGAGAGAGAGAAAGAGAGAGAGAGAGUGCAUGAUUGUCAACUUAGUAUAUUAUU